UUUGGCAACAAACACAUGAGGAACACUUUUCCAGUGGUUAGAAAUGAUGCAAAGUAAUCCUUGCAUAAACAAUACCUGUUUGGGCUCUGGGUUUGCAGAUUUUGUUUUAGCGUAUAAUCAUGUUUUAUACGUUUCAGAGGGUGUUAUAUAUAAUUUUAUAAUCCUAAUACUGCCUCGAAGAACCAGGUAGGCUUUAAUCAUUUCAAACCCUAAUUUGUAAAAAAAAACAUGUCCCUGACUUCUAAAUCCUGAAUUUAGAGUAUCCUUAUAGUACAGAAACACCGUACGUACAAACUCUUAUUUUCUGUACUGUUCUUAACUUAUAAAAAUGUCAGAGUACCGGACUAUUAAUAAAAAAAAAAUACGUGGCGUUUUGAUUUAGGCUUUUAAGAGGUAUAGAUUUCGUAAAAAUACAAAUAGCAGCAACAAACAAUAAUAACUUAGAAAAAAAAAUCGACAAAAUGAUUGUUGGCGCCAUCCUGUUACUCCGUGACGCCACUUCCGCCCAGUAACACGCGUCAGCUUGUGACGCAUUUUUCCUGCGACAUCAGCCGCGGCCUCCACAGCUUAUAUACCGCAAACAUGGCGGAAACUGCAGAUGGAAGCAGAGAGGAUAUUAUGGAUCUUGCUUCUCCACAGGUUCGAGAUGAUGCUGAAAUAUCCUCUACUGCUGUUAGAUUGGCACAGAUGGCUGGGAUGCCUCUACCCACACUUCAGGCUCCUCCCCCACCUCCUGGUCUCGGAAGAGGUUUUCCAAUAGGUUUGCCUCCUCGCAUAACUACUGACACUGAUGGGGUAAAGCAGUCACAAGGUCCAACUCUUUCACUGCAGCCAAAGGUGACACUUAUCGAUCAGGAAGUCUCCACGACACGGUCACCCCUUCUUCCUAGAGGUACCCUCCCCAUAAGCUCAAUCCCACCAUUGAUGUCCUCCACAAGCCGCCCUCGAGUCCAAUCACAACCUUCUGGAGAGGAUUCCAAGGAAGCAGAUGACAGCUCAACAGGACCUAAAAUCCCUCAGGUCCUUGAAAAGAUUCUUCAGCUUAAGGAGCUCCGGCAAGAAGAGCUUGUAUCUUUGCCAGCAACUACUGAGGAGGAAGACAUUGAUGCAGACUCCCGUUACGUUAAUACAGCUUCAGAGGCAGAAGAGGAUAAUAAUGUCCUAAGUAAAAAAGAGAAAAAAAAUCGAAGAAGGAGAAACCGAAAGAAGCGAACACGUAAGAGAAUGGUUGGCUCAGAAUCUGCAGUAGUUGAUGAGCUUAAUGAAGCUGCCGAACCUGAUCUUGCAGGUGGAAAACUGGAGAUAGAAUAUGUGACAGAAGAACCUGAUAUCUAUGAUCCCAACUUUAUCUUCUUCAAGAGAAUAUUCCAGGCCUUUAAGCUGACAGAUGAUGUGAAACGGGAGAAAGAGAAGGAGCCUGAAAAGGUGGAGAAAAUUGAACCAGCAGCUCCGAGAAAACGAUUUGAGGAGGAACAGAUGGACAAUGACAGCGACAGUGAUGAAGAGGAUAAAAAGCAAGAUGCUCCCAAAUUGUCUAAAAAAAAAUUGAGAAGAAUGAACAGAUUUACAGUAGCCGAACUAAAACAGUUGGUAUCACGACCAGAUGUGGUAGAAAUGCACGAUGUCACUGCUCCAGAUCCCAAACUACUAGUUCAUCUAAAAGGAACUCGAAAUUCGGUCCCUGUUCCACGUCACUGGUGUUUCAAACGAAAAUAUCUUCAAGGAAAAAGGGGUAUUGAAAAACCUCCUUUCCAACUCCCUGAUUUCAUCAAGAGAACAGGCAUACAGGAGAUGAGGGAAGCACUACAGGAAAAGGAAGAGCAAAAAACCAUGAAAUCUAAAAUGAGGGAGAAGGUGAGGCCGAAGAUGGGAAAAAUUGACAUUGACUAUCAAAAGUUGCAUGAUGCGUUUUUCAAAUGGCAGAGCAAACCCAAGCUUACUAUUCAUGGAGAUUUAUAUUAUGAGGGGAAGGAGUUUGAGACCCGCCUGAAGGAGAAAAAACCAGGUGAUCUCUCUGAUGAGCUAAGGAUUACGCUAGGAAUGCCUGUGGGUCCAAAUGCCCAUAAAGUGCCCCCUCCCUGGCUUAUUGCAAUGCAAAGAUAUGGACCACCCCCCUCUUACCCCAACCUUAAAAUACCAGGGCUUAACUCCCCCAUACCAGAGGGCUGUUCCUUUGGAUAUCAUGCUGGAGGUUGGGGAAAACCCCCUGUGGAUGAAAUGGGAAAACCUCUUUAUGGUGAUGUGUUUGGGACCAAUGCCUCAGAUUUCCAGAGCAAGAAUGAAGAAGAAGAUAUAGACAGAACCCCGUGGGGAGAGCUGGAACUAUCCGAUGAUGAAUCAUCUUCAGAGGAAGAAGAGGAUGAGAGUGAUGAAGAUAAACCUGAUGAAACUGGAUUUAUUACCCCAGCAGACAGUGGUUUAAUUACCCCGGGAGGCUUUUCUUCUGUCCCUGCCGGCAUGGAGACGCCUGAGCUGAUUGAGCUGAGGAAAAAGAAGAUUGAGGAAGCCAUGGAUGGAACGGAGACGCCACAACUCUUUACAGUACUUCCAGAAAAGAGGACUGCUACUGUGGGUGGAGCUAUGAUGGGCUCCACCCACAUCUACGAUAUGGCCACGGCCAUGUCUCGCAGAGGUACCGCCACUGAGCCACAGGGCGUAGAAAUUGCUCUGGCCCCUGAAGAAUUGGAAUUGGAUCCGUCGGCAAUGACUCAGAAAUAUGAGGAACGUGUAAGGGAAGCUCAGGAGCAGGUACAGAAAGAAGACUUUAGUGACAUGGUGGCAGAGCAUGCAGCGAAACAAAAGCAAAAGAAGCGGAAGGGGCAACCACAGGAUUCCCGAGCAGGUGGCAAGAAAUACAAAGAGUUCAAGUUCUGAGUCUAUUCCACACCCAGUUUUUUCUCUGUUCCUUUUACAUUCUUUUAUUUCUAAUAAAACUGUUAAAUUAA